AUGGCGAUGACAAGUCAGAUGUCCUGCUCCUCGAUGAGCAACCACACUAAGGAAAGAGUCACCAUGGCCAAAGUAACGCUGGAGAAUUUUUAUAGCAACCUAAUAUCACAGCAUGAGGAAAGGGAAAUGAGACAGCAGAAGCUGGAGAAGGUCAUGGAUCAAGAGGGCCUAGGUGAUGAAGAGGCCUUCUCCACUGUUGGAACCCCUGACUACAUCGCUCCAGAAGUGUUCAUGCAAAAUGGAUAUAACAAGCUCUGUGAUUGGUGGAGUUUGGGCGUCAUUAUGUAUGAAAUGCUGAUAGGUUACCCUCCAUUUUGCUCUGAGACGCCUCAGGAAACUUACAGGAAAGUGAUGAACUGGCGGGAAACUUUGACCUUUCCACCUGAGGUCCCAAUUUCAGAAAAGGCCAAGGAUCUGAUCCUCAGGUUCUGUUGUGAGAGCGAGCACAGGAUUGGAGCUGUUGGAGUGGAGGAGAUCAAGACUAACCCUUUCUUUGAGGGAGUGGACUAUGACCAUAUCAGGUAUGCUGUCAUCGCAUGUAGACAAACACAGAUUAAACUG